AGUGACGCUGUCUGUCACGCUGUCUGGGGGGUGUGUGUUGGUCUGUAUGUGUGUGUGUGUCUUUGUGAAAGAGUGGUAACGUGUGGGUGGCAUUGCUUGUGUGCUACCACAUGUCUUUUCUGUGUGAGUUUUGUGUCUGUGAGCUUGAUUGUAUGUUUUUUUUAUUUGAGUAAAAUUGUAUUGUGUUACAAAACCAAUAGUUCUCAUAAUUGCUAUGUCACUUCAUUGUUUUCUCUGGUUGGAGAGCAAACUGAAAUCACUGCGGGCCUUUUCUUCUUCCGCUAUAAACCCAGGCCCCUUUCUCCACCACAGACUGGACCCUUGGAUGUAUUUGAUCAUUCUACCAAUAACCAUUAGUUAUUACAAAAACUAGAUUGAUAUUGAACAAUUUGCAAUGGGUUUGGGGAAUAUUUGUUCCGAAAUCCAAAUAAAGUGUUGGAUUUAUUAAAACAAAUUGCCCAUUGCUUUCAGUCAUGUCGAGAGUUGCAUUUCAUUUCCAAGAUCCCGAUAAAACUUUUUACUAUGGAUUACAUAGAAUAUUUAACAAACCCGUUGAUCCUGCUUUCUGAAAUGCCCUACAGUCUAUGGAAAUACCACCCAGGUAAAAAAUAUGUGUCAACUUUGGGAAAUGGGCAGUAUCUAAAAAAUGUGCACACACACACAGCAAAUGUUUUACUAUACUUGUGGCGACCUAAAAUGUAUUUCCAUUCAAAAUCCUUUUUUCCCUAAGCCCUAAACCUAACCCUAAAUCCUAACCCUAAUUAAUUUGAGGGUAUUUUCAUCAUAUCGAGUGAACCGUUUAGAAAUUAUAGCACUUUUUGUACUUACUGUAGUCCCCCCAAUUUAGGGGACCAAAAUUAUUGAGACAAAUUCACUUAUGUGUAUUAAAGUAGUCAAAAGUUUAGUAUAGGUCCCAUAUUCCUAGCACACAAUGAUUACAUCAAGCUUGUGACUCUACAAAAUUGUUGGAUGGAUUUGUCUGUGUUAUGUUGUGUGUGUGUGUGUGUGUGUGUGUGUGUGUGUGUGUGUGUGUGUGUGUUUGUAUUUGUCUGCAGUGCAGUAUUUGUAAAAGUUAAUGUGUGUAUGUCACUGUGUCUGUCUCUCUGUGCGUGUGUGUGCAACCAUGUGUGCAUAAACACAUAGUCUGUAGUAAAUUGUGAAUAAUGAUUACUGAGGCACAAAUACAGUGGGGCAAAAAAGUAUUUAGUCAGCCACCAAUUGUGCAAGUUCUCCCACUUAAAAAGAUGAGAGAGGCCUGUAAUUGUCAUCAUAGGUACACUUCAACUAUUACAGACAAAAUGAGGGAAAAAAAUCUGACUAAGGACAGACUGACACAGAGACACACAAAUAAACACACACAUUCACUUUUACACAUACUGCACUGCAGACAUAAACACACACACACACACUCAUCAAUACAUAUAUGUAAGCAACAUAACAUGCACACGGGAUAAAAGCAAUUGCUAGAUUAAUAAUUAAUACAAUUGAAAUGUAAUGGUAUUGUGUUGUACUACCUUGUGUAGCCUAUUGUUGCUGUUGACAUUACAUGAGCUAGGCCCUUAACCCGAAUUGCUCCUGUAAAUCGUUCUGGAUAAGAGUGUCUGCUAAAUGACUAAAAUGUAAAACGGCUAAAGUUAUAGGCCGAUGUUUACCCACUCCUAGUGGAUUAUACAUUUUAUUUAUAAGGACACGGAAGACAAGAAUAGCCCACUCCCAGUAUCGUGCGAGACCACGCCUUUUAUGUAAUAAAAAGGCCUGUUAUACAUUGUAUAUUCAGCGAAAUUAUUCCACGAAGCAAAAUGUGUCUUUAAAAUCCCCGUUUGAAUGUGGUCGCAUCGGACGAUUAGCGCCUGCCUUUGCUCUGACGUCAACGAGAUUGUCUGCGCUAGGUGAGUCUCGCGCACACUGCCUUCCCUUCCCCUCCUCUCUUCGUCGGUUAUUGUGAAGAGAUUGAACGAUGAGAUCGCUCGCGCUCGCUGUCAUCAGUGCCGCCCUAUAGAGACCCCCAGCCCCGAGGCUCGAACACAACGACCCCACCCCCGCUCCAAGAGGGACGGAGAAAAAACCCUGUUCUGACCCGACUUUAUUUGCCCUCAAUCCGGGCCUCAUGCUGUAGCAGACUGAACGAGCGAGAAAGAGAGACAAACACACAUAUUGAGUCGGCGAGGGACAGGGCGGAAUAGAGGAGAAGGGAUUGUUCAUUCGGUUCUAGACAUGGGAUGUACACUCAGCGCUGAGGAGCGCGCUGCUCUGGACAGGAGCAAAGCCAUCGAAAAAAACCUGAAGGAUGAUGGAGUCACUGCCGCAAAGGAAGUGAAACUGCUACUGCUUGGGGGAGGAGAAUCGGGCAAAAGCACCAUCGUCAAACAAAUGAAGAUUAUCCAUGAGGAUGGCUUUUCUGGGGAUGAUGUGAAGCAGUAUAAGCCUGUGGUCUACAGCAACACCAUCCAGAGUUUGGCUGCCGUCCUCCGAGCUAUGGACUCUCUGGGCAUUGAGUACGCAGACAAGGACAGAAAGGCGGAUGCUAAGCUGGUGUGUGAUGUGGUCACUCGUAUGGAGGACACAGAGCCCUACUCAGCAGAGCUGCUGACAGCUAUGAAGCGUCUGUGGGCCGAUGCCGGGACCCAGGAGUGUUUCAACAGGGCCAGGGAGUACCAGCUCAAUGAUUCCGCUGCCUACUACCUGGACAGUUUAGACCGUAUUGGUGCUGCUGACUACCAGCCCACCGAGCAGGACAUCCUGAGAACCCGAGUCAAGACCACUGGGAUCGUGGAGACCCAUUUCACCUUCAAAAACCUGCACUUUAGGCUGUUUGAUGUUGGAGGUCAGAGGUCAGAGAGAAAGAAGUGGAUCCACUGCUUUGAGGAUGUGACGGCCAUUAUCUUCUGUGUGGCGUUAAGUGGCUAUGAUCAGGUUCUGCAUGAGGACGAAACAACUAAUCGCAUGCACGAGUCCCUCAUGCUCUUCGACUCUAUCUGUAACAACAAGUUCUUCAUCGACACCUCCAUCAUCCUUUUCCUCAACAAGAAGGAUCUGUUCGAGGAGAAGAUUAAGAAGUCACCACUGAGUAUCUGUUUCCCUGAAUAUACAGGUGCUAACACUUAUGAUGAUGCUACUGCAUACAUUCAGGUGCAAUUUGAGAGUAAGAGCCGUUCGCCCAACAAGGAGAUCUACUGUCACCUGACCUGUGCCACUGACACAGGAAACAUCCAGGUAGUGUUUGACGCAGUCACUGACAUCAUCAUCGCCAACAACCUGAGGGGGUGUGGCUUAUACUGAGGCCUAGCCCUGCACAGAGGUUGCAUUGGAGGGUGUGAGGUGGUUAAUAAUAAUAAUAAUUUUGAUGAUAUUAAAAGGCAUAAUUAUGUAAAUCUACACGUCCAAAGGGACCCAAAGAGCUGCCGCCAGACACCACGACGGAUUCUUUGCCAUGUUCUGUUCCUCUAUUCCUUUUUUUAAUUUCAGAAUUCCACCACCCCCUUUUGUUUAUUUUUUAUCAACAUGUGUUUCCUAUUGAAUGUCUUUCAUGUUUUGUUGAUUGUGUGAACAACUGUAAGAUGUAAAUCAGAAAAGGGGAGGUCCAAGGGGUAUAUUCUGUUUUCGUGCCAGGUUUCGCAACAAAUCAGAUAGAAAUGUUAUGCAUAGAGAGGAGAAGGUCCUCUUUUCCUUGUGAUAGAGAUUUGUGUCAGUUCUAUACAUUACAUCUCUAUCUGCAACAUCCAGAACAUUGAGCCACGAUGAAUGUACCCCUUGGAGCUCCGUUUGCAGAGGUGAUGUUGUGCUCUAGGUGAUGAUGUAAUAGAGGAGGUACUGGUGGCUGGGGCGCGUAGUGGGGGUUCUGUACAGCGUUGGAUAGAACCCCCCUCUCUGUUGGACUCACACAGGGCUGCUCUACAUGAGCUCCUUCUGCUCUGUUUUAUUCCUCUCUCUCUUUUAAACAUCCAGGGGGGGGGGGGGUUCUGUGUGUGUGGCAGGCUCUGCCAUUGGCCUCCUGCAGUGUGAUGAAAUGCCUGUCAGCCAAUGAUAUAUCUGUGUCGGGAAAGUGUGAUAUCAGUGCCAACCUUCUGAGCAUGACAGAGAGGGGAAUAGAAUUAGAGAUCAUUGAUCACUUUCACACUAUCUUUACAAUAUAAUGCAAUUGAAGGGACACAAACGCUUUAUUAUCAUCAAAUUAUCUAUGGAUUUUAUUUCAACCUCAUGCCCUCCUACCUCCUAGAAUCCCGUGCCACAUAUUUAUUUCCUGUCCUGUCAGACCGGUGGAACACCACUUCCUGUCUCAGUCUCAGAGGGUCUAGAGCUGCUCUGAUGGACCGUCUCAAAUGUCACCUCCCAUGUAGUGUACUACUUCUUCAAAAGUAGUACAUCAUAUGGGGAAUAGGUGAGCAUUUUAGACUUGCACACUCAAGUCCACUGGUCAGUGAUGUAUCAUAUGGUUGUCUCCUGGUCUCCUCUCACUUAUCACUUAUCACUGAGAUGAAAGGACUGGAUAGGUUUCCACUGUGUUGUUUUCACUCACUAGUCCUUACAGAUUUGUAGUUUUAGGAGAGGACAGCCACAGACCACUGACCAGUCUCUCUGCUUGUUCAAAAGGGUCUUCCUAGGUGCUCUUUAUGUAAUAAAACAUGAAUAUGUGAAUGCUCAAUUAUUUGGAAGUUGAGGUAAUUUGUAGAUUAGAUAAGCCACACAGUGCUUAGCUCAGGAUGACCCUUGUGAGCAAGCAUGCUGAAUUCCAAAUCCAUCCAUACUACCCCCUCUAGGAAUUCCUGUAGAUUUGAAAGGAUUUGAUUGGUUUAACCUUUUCAUGUCCAUAAACAGAAAUGUAUAAUAUUCUACAGUACACAUGUUCUCUGAGUUUACUGAUGGACAAAUCGGCCAAAGCGUUUAAACAAUACCUAAAGAAAUCCACACACACACACCCCUAGAGUGCAUGCAGUAUAAGCCCAUCAAAUGCAAGUCAAUAGAGACUGGAGAGUGAGUGAUUUUACAGCAUUGUCCCUCUUUCUCAGAUCUUAAACAUGUUCACAUCUUAAUCAUUUUUGCUAUAUAGAUUGCCUGGACCAAUAUAUAAAUCUAAAGAAUUCCACACCCUCUCUAUCACACAAGCACAUUCAUUUUAUGAGAUUUUUUAUCUGAUUCUCAGAACAUGUUCAAAUGUUAAUAAUUGUUUCGACCAAUAUAAUAUAAAAACAAUAUCUAAAGAAAUCCACAUACACCCCUAGAGUAUAUUAUACAGCAUAAGCAAAUCCAAUGUAAGUCAAUGGUGAGUGAGGCCUGCUACAGCAUUUGCCCUCUUUCUCUCUCUCUUUCUCUUCCUCUCUCACAAGCACACGCGUGUGUAGACACACCACAGACAUCAAUGCACACCAGUUGUAAAAUGUUUCUCUCUGCAGUCUCCAUUGGAUUUGGAAAUACUGCAUGUACUCUAGAGGUGUCUGUGUGAGAGAGGGAUGGGAUUUCUUUCAAUAUUGUUUUCAUAUUUAUAUUGGUCUGGACAAUCUAUAUACCAAAAGUGAUUAAGAUCUGAUCAUUUGAACAUGUAUUCACAUGACAUGAUUUGUGUAAUGUGUAAAAUACAGUAACCCCAUGUGUCCAAAGACUAAAUAUAGUAUGACACAGAAACGGCUGUAGUUCACAAACAACGAGUUGAAUCAUCUAUAUGGCAUAUUUGGGCUUAAACAGGUCACAGAACAAUACUUUAUGCUUUUAAACUAUAUCAUUCUGAAUUGUAUUUCAAAAUGCAUAUGCUGAAGUCAUUUGAAUGAUUUUUAUUGUCUCAAAAUCCCAACUUUGGAGGUAUGAUAGACAAUGCCAAUCUUAAAACGUCAAUUUGGCAUAUCUAGACACUUGUACUAACUAUGUUAUCACCAAAUGUAAUGCAUUUACACCAAAGAAAAUUUGUUCAGUGCCACAUUUGUUAAUAUGGACAUGAAUGGGUUAGGUAAUAUGGUAAUUGCGUCACCUUCUCUUCUGAUAGAGUGAGUGGUAUUUUUGCCACAUUGCUUGUAUGUAUAUGUAUGUAUGUAUGUAUAUAUGUAUAUAUGU